AUGAAAGCUUUUAAAAGCUCAGUAGAAGCAGCAAAUUCGGAGGAAUUUCAAAAAUUAGACCCUGAAACAAAAAGUAAAUGGGACAAAGCAUACUCUUUUUCAGAUGGAAACAGGUUAAGAUUUGGAGCGUGGAAAAAUGAUAGGAUUAAAAAAUCUAACAGAGAAAUAAUAGAAAAGUAUGUAAAGAAAUUAGAAGAAGGCGAUGAAGAAGUGAAAGAUUGGGGAUACCCAGAAAGAUUGCAAUUUUGGACUUGGCGAAGUUAUGAUAAUGGUGGCAAUGCUUUUUUUUCUACUCCGUGGUCGGCAGACAACACUUUCUUUUUUUCACAAACAGAUGGUUAUAACAAAAUGGGAGAGAAAAAAAUCAAUCAAAUAAGAGAACCCUACACUAAUAAUUACUUAAAGUUAAAUGGUAAAGAGCGUGCUAAUACAAGGGGCAGAUUUGGAAAUAAAACCACAACCUAUAAAGUUAAUGGGCAAGGAGCAUUGCCGAGAGAUGUUAUUACAAUUCCAGCAUUAGCAGGAGGUGCUGGAAUGGUUGAAAGACAUUUUAUUGGCAGAGGUCAUGAUGUUGAUAAAGAUAUUCGAAUAACAGAAGCAAACGAUAAAGUUAAUGAUAUACAAAUUAAAUCAGGAAAAAUUAAAAAAACAAGCGUAGUUGUUUCUGGUCAUAGAACAGGACGUUUUGAAGGAGAUUUAGAUAAAAUAAAAGAAUUUUUAAAUUCGAAUAGAUAUGAUACUUUUCUUAUACCUUACCGUGAAGAAGUAGACAAAUUAGGAAAGCGAUUUAUAUAUCAAAUUUUUUAUGCCGAUUCAAAUAUUUUUAAAAUUGAUGACGGUUGA